AUGAUGUACGCACUAUGUUGGCAGGUAUAUUGGUACUGUACAGGGUACAUGCGUCUUCUGCGUGACUGUGAAGAAAGUCGGGUACUUCAAGACUCGGCCCCCGUCUCUGCGGCCAGAUCGGCAGAAGUACCAGCAGCAGCAGCCCGGCCUCUCUGUGGAAUUGGAAAACCACUUGGUUCUUCAGACCAAUUCCUGUUCAGUUCUUCCAUUAGAUGUGCUUUCAGUCGAUCAGCGGAGACGUUGCUGCUGGCGGAGUCCGCUUUUCCUUUCCUCCAGCUCACAAGAAGCCCCUGUGUCCGCUGCCAAUGCACGGGGGGGGCGGCUGUGGCUAAAGUCCGGAGCAGCGAGAAGCGACUAAGCCAAAAGCAAAAGUGA